CUGCCGCCCUUGACUAAGGUAUACAACAUGAUGGUGCAGGAAGAAAGACUGUGGAACAUGACCCGUGGGCGAGAAGAAAACCAUGAUGCCAUGGCGCUUGCUGCACGCACCGGCAUUACUCCUAGGAAGGAGGAACGAAUGAAGUGCUCAUAUUGUCAGAAACCUGGACAUGAUUAUGAUAACUUUUUCAGGAGAACCGGGAAUUACCCGGACUGGUGGCAUGAGAAUCCGGGUCGUGCGCGAGGAGGAAAAGGACGUGGAGGCCCCAAUCGCGAAGGGACUGGACAUGGAGGCUUAGGCAGAGGUUAUGGACGAGGAAUUGCUCAUGCCAUGCAUAUGGGCGAGGUCCAGGGAGAUGCUGCACCUGCACAAGGAACGAAGGAAACAACCAUGCAUGCACCAGGAUUCUCAAACGAACAGUGGCAGACUUUUCUCAAAAUAAUGGAAAGUUGUAAGAAUUCCUCCUCCUCAGGGGAAAAACUUUCAGGACCUACCUACGAGGAUGCCGAUUGGAGUGGGUGAACGACGAGGGGGAGUUUAUUUUUUC